CAAGGAAAUAUGUCUAACUACUACAGUCUUAGAAUUGCAAUUCUUUUCCAUGACCCACCUUUUCCUGAGCAGAAUCCUGGAGUGCCUUGGGUUCCUCUUCUGGUGUGGUUAGUAAAACUCCUUUAGACACUGGAAGAUUUAGUGCUGCCCGGCAGCUUGAGGCUAUCCUGCUGAUGGGGUUUUGUGUUUGUUCACCUGCCAUAGGAAUUGAUGACUCUUGGCGGCAAUAUGGCUGAAACUGAAACUGAUCUAUCUGCCUGAUAUUCAUACUUGGUGAACAGUUUCUUUUACGUCCCUCCUAUCCUCUUCACACUUCCUCAAACUUCUUAUUCAUAUGUUGAUAUAAUUUGAAUUGGGGGAGAGCACUUUGAGGCCCCCAAGAGGCUUCUUUCUUUUAAGACCUGAUUUUUUGUUUUGUUUUUUAGCAAGUCUCUUGGUUACGCUGUACCUGGCUUCAAAAAAAAAUCUUCAUUCUAAGAAGGUUUUAGCCACUGCUUUACUCAAGGGAUCAUAGGCCCAUGUGGAGGUACCGUGGGAGCUAUUCUGACAUGUCCACUGGAAGUUGUAAAAACACGGCUACAGUCAUCUUCUCUGACGCUUUAUAUCUCUGAAGUACAGCUGAACACCAUGGCUGGAGCCAGUGUCAACCGAGUAGUGUCUCCUGGACCUCUCCAUUGCCUAAAGGUGAUCUUGGAAAAAGAAGGGCCUCGCUCCCUGUUUAGAGGAUUAGGCCCCAAUUUGGUGGGGGUGGCUCCUUCCAGAGCAAUAUACUUCGCUGCUUAUUCAAACUGCAAGGAAAAGUUAAAUGGUGUAUUUGAUCCUGACUCUACCCAGGUACACAUGAUUUCAGCUGCAGUGGCAGGUUUUACCGCAAUCACAGCAACCAACCCCAUUUGGCUUGUAAAGACUCGGUUACAACUUGAUGCAAGAAACCGUGGGGAAAAGCGAAUGGGUGCUUUUGAAUGUGUUCGUAAAGUGUAUCAGACAGAUGGACUUAGAGGAUUUUAUAGGGGCAUGUCUGCUUCAUAUGCUGGCAUAUCAGAGACUGUUAUCCAUUUUGUUAUUUAUGAAAGUAUUAAACAAAAACUACUGGAAUAUAAGAUUGCUUCUACGAUGGAAAAUGAUGAAGAAUCUGUCAAAGAAGCAUCAGAUUUUGUGGGAAUGAUGCUGGCUGCUGCCACCUCAAAAACUUGUGCCACAAGUAUAGCAUAUCCACAUGAAGUUGUAAGAACAAGACUACGUGAAGAGGGAACAAAAUACAGAUCUUUUUUUCAGACACUGUCUUUGGUUGUUCAAGAAGAAGGUUAUGGAUCUCUUUACCGUGGUCUAACAACUCAUCUGGUGAGACAGAUUCCCAACACAGCCAUUAUGAUGGCCACCUAUGAAUUGGUGGUCUACCUACUCAAUGGAUAGCAACACCAGGCCGCCACACUAUAAAGAGGGAAGACCAAAAGAUUACAGUGGACCAUGGAGUAUCGGAACCAGCAUGGUGGACAGAAGGAAAAUGGUUUGGGAACGUGUAACUAUGCCUGAGUGGAAGUCUGGUUGUCAGAAUUCAAGUAAUCAUAACCACAUUACUUGAUCUUUUCAGUAACGUGAAUAAAACCUGGCUGCCUUCAAGAAAAAGCCUUUAGAAGCACUCCUUCCUCAAAAUUGCCAUUUUCUCUACCCAUGUCCAUGAGACACAGUUGCAUUUUAUUUAUUUAUGGCAGACAGAGCAUAGUGUUUAUUCCUUGAAUACUUCUCCAGUCUUCUAAACAAAGCCAACCCUAGUUAUAUACUAUCCCAUAAACUAUCCAGAGAUAAUAAUGACGGUCAUAAAUUUCUCACUUUGGGUUUCUGUGUAAUUCUUAUAACAGGAAUAGUGAGAUCCUCACUAUCAUUUUCACAUUAGUCCUUGAGAGGAUCUGGCUCAGUACUUUAAAGUUAAUUAUAUAGCAUCACUUGUCACUUUUUGACAACUAACAGUGUCCUAAAUAUCUUGAUAUUUUUAUAAUUAAAAUGUUCUGUUUCCCACUGCUGCAGGUGCUUGAUGUUUAGCAUAAUGUGGACACUUAAAUUGUUCAUUUAUGUAUCAAACUCAGAUGGUAAUAGUUUGGGACAAAAUAAACCAGUAAAAUUGAUUUUAGGCCAUUUCAGUAACUUGAGCAUAUCCUUAUGUCUUUUCUAACUUUGUGACACAUGAAUGACUGCAAUUGUCUUUUCAGUGAUUUAUUGGUUUUGAACUUGAAUUACCACACAUCAUGCCUAAGCAUCAUUUCUUUAAAGUGGAAAAAAUUUACCACUUCUGGGUCUUUCUCAAUUUGCUUUCACAUUAAGAAUUUGGACCUUUGAAUUAUUUCCAGAAGAUCUGUAUAGACUGUGUUUAUUUCAUAGAGAAAAUGGUAAUUUUCAGCUUUGCCCCUACAACUUUGUUUGGUGUUUUUUUUUAAGGCUACAGAAAUACCUGGGGCGUGCUGUCUGAUUGAGCAGGUAUAUGAUCUUAAUUGACAUAGUUUUGUAAAGGAACAAACUGCUUUUGCAAAGAAAUUUAUUCUAUCUUAAUUUCUUGAAUGGCAAAUCAUAGAAAGAUUCAAGUUAAUUCAGAUGAAAUGUGCUAACAGGAUAUAGCUUUAAAAUUUGCUGUUGAGUUCAGCUGCACCUUUUAAUACUUUAAAUGUAUUAUAUGUCUGGCCCUUAGACAGAUAUUGGCUGUAAUUCUAUUAAGAGACGUUCGGUUACGGUUGUUGCUGUUCUGGUGUAAGAAAACUGCAGUUAAAUUCCAGUGUGGUACUCACUUCAACACUCAUGAACUGCAUUUGUGCAAUGGCUUUAUCUUAAGAAUGACUCUGAAUGCACUUUGUGGCCUUUGGGGGGCAGUAGUAAGAGGAGAGAAUUCCAUGUUAAGAUUAUUCUUUUUAAACAUUGGCCAUGUAUCAGGCAGAAACAGUGUUCUUAACAUUUUUCCGGGCUUUAGGUAGUGUUUUGGAGAUCUUUAAUGUAAAUGUUUAAGUAUUCUGUAUACCCUAUAGUGACCUAAUGUAGAAAAUUGUAGCAUGUCACUGCAAGCUUUCUCUGCUGUCACCAAUGAGACAGUGCCCUCUUAAAUUCCUUCACCUUCUUAACUUCCUUGUAAUCAACAGUAACUGGAUGUUUUUGAGGUGCUUUGAUUGGAAUCUAAAACAUUCCAGUCUAUUUGGAGACCAAAGGCAAAUUCAGUUUCAUUACCUUUGGGAUUAUUCAUAACUUUUAUGGUGAAUUUCAGCUUUGACAUUUAUUAUGAGGAACAUGCCAAAAAACCUCCACAAAAAAUAGGGUUUCUAACUUAAGUCUGUAGAGAAAGUCUCCAUCUAUAGUGUUUGCCUUUUCAGGUGCCACUUGUCCUGCCUAACAUAGUGCCAUUUACCUUGUGAAGAUUGGUAAAUACUAGUUGUAUUGAAUGUUGGACAGAGACUCUCCCUUAUCUUAAUGAUCUCAGUCCCCCACAAAUGGUUAUGAAUGAUGUGAAACCAGCAGCUAAGGAACAUCUUACUAUUUAGUUGUAGCAAAUUCAUAACAAGUGUCCUUCAAGGAUGAACAUGUAUUCUAUUCCUGUUUGUAUUUAGCAAGUAAAACUUCCGUUGACCUUUAGUGCAUUAUAUUUAGCUUUUAAAAGUGAGUUUUAUAUAUGGACUGGAAGGAAAAGAUCUUAGUCUUAGGCUUUGUUCUCUGUGCAACAACUGGAAAGGAGCACCGUUGUUUAUUUUAAUCGUCUUUUCCUCCCCAAAGCGCAGUCUGUUAUAGUUUACUUUAUGUAUGACAGAGUUAAUAAAAAACAACAACUAAAAAUUAUAAAA